AUGGACGAAGACCCGUGCAUUUUUACGCCAUGUGGCCACGCCAUCACUGUCGACUCACUCGAUGGCACCGCGGAGAUGCAAAAGUACUACGACAUUGAGCCACUCUCUGGCAAGUUGACCGGCUUGAAGCCUUCACCCGAACCAUUCUCCAUUCAAGACUCCAAGCCGUGCCCGGAGUGCAGAGGCUCGCUGCGCAACGAGGCCCGCCACGGUCGCAUCGUUAGACGGGCAGCACUCGAUGAGCAUCAGGAUCUGGCCGCGCGCUUGAGCAAGAUCGAAGGCGAUUUGUUGGGUUCACUCGACUCGAAGCGCAAGCCCAGCCAAUCCGUGUUCCUCGAAGGAGACGUCAUAGCUCAGAUGGGAGUCGUCAGGAGGUUGAAGACUUCAAAGCGGUACAACAAGCUUUUCCUGCUGGUUCAGGAGAUCGCGCAUUUCUCGCAGCAACUCACUGAAGACGAGCAACCAUACCAGCGUGUACACGACCUGGUCGAGAUAGCUCGUUGUCGAAACAGUUCCUCCGACCAUCCCGCAGCAUUCAAUUUCGAAAGCGAAGAGCUGCAACUCCGCGAUCAUUUGCUGUCAAGCAACCUGCUCAUACGCAGCCACAUCAUCCUGUUCAGUGACAUUGUCGAUGUACAGGUGGGGACACCGACGGUUUUGCGUGGUGUUCUGCGGGUCGACUUCUCCGCCAACCGUGCGCUGUGCGACGAGCUCACCACCGAAGCAAAGGACGGCGCAUACGUCCGCCAAGAGGCCAAAGCGCUGGUGUUAUGGGCCAAGCUCGCAGCGAUGGAAUGUGGCAUCCAUAGUAUCGAUGCCGAUGGAGAUGGAUCUGGGUCUCAGCAUUACAUCGACGAGCUCAACCUGCGCGCGGUCGAGCGGCUCAAAGACGUCGAGAAGAUCUUCGCCCAGCAGGCGGAGAAGAGUGAGCAACGGCAGAUGCGUCUGCGCCGGGAGCGUCCCGACCUUGUCCAGGAGACGCCAUCGGCCGGCAUGGAGGCAAUUCGAACGAAAGCCGCGGAGGUGCGGCGCAUGCUUCACGAAGGAGUAUCAAGCACGGAGAUGAGGAUGAUUGUGGGUACGAUGUCGAAGGAGUUUGGCGGGACUGGGCAUUGGUACCGCUGCGUCAACGGCCACCCGUUCACUGCGAAUGCGGGAUGCCCAUGGCUCUCGCGUCGUGUCCAACCGUGGGAGGGCAGAGUCAUCGGCCAGCUGCUGGCGUCACAUCAGCUCGUGACAUCGAGGAGAGGUUUGGGGAAAUGA